UGCUACUGUUCACGCAAAAUAGUCACUGUUCACGCGUCAGUUCGUGAAGCAGUGCACUGUUCACGCAAAACAGUGCUACUGUUCAUUACACCAUUUCGUGAAACAUUGCAUCAGUUUAAAACAGUGUUGCAGCAGUUCGUGAAGCAGUGCACUAUUCAUGCAAAACAGUGCUAUUGUUCACAUAACAGUGCUACUUGCUACUGUUCACGCCAAACAGUCACUAUUCAAGCGUUCCUGCAUGUUUUAACAUUUCCAUUCACACCCUUUCAUUACUAUGAACCCAACAAGAUGAUCAUUGAUUUGGACAGCAACAAUUGGGUUGUCGAUGAGUUUGGUGCUAGUGAUAUGUUCAAUCAGCUUGUCCCUACGAUGCUGUGGAACACUGUUAUGGACACGAUGAUGAAGGAGAUCCACGCAGGAGGCAAAACCAUGCAGGAUAUUGAACAAGUAUUGAAAUGGGCGCCUGUAAUUCCUGGGGUUGUUCCAGCAAUCAAAGCAGCUCAUGCUUUAGGAUGUGAUUUGAAGAUAGUGAGCGAUGCAAAUCUCUUCUUCGUCGAGACAAUAUUGGAGCAUUCAGGAAUCAAGGAUUGCUUUUCAGAAAUCAACACAAAUCCGAGCUACAUUGAUGAUGAAGGGAAACUUAGAAUCUGUCCUUACCACGAUUUUGAUCACAAGUGCAAAUAUCCUUGCCCUCCAAACAUGUGCAAGGGCCUCGUAAUAGAAAGAAUGCAAGCGGUGUCUCUUGCUAUGGAAGGGAAUAAUAAUAAGAAAAGAAUGAUCUAUCUAGGCGAUGAAGCAGGAGAUUUUUGCCCUAGCUUGAUGCUCAGAGAGCAAGAUUUUGUAAUGCCAAGGAAGGAUUUUCCGGUGUGGAAAUUAAUGAACGAAAAUUGCCAACUCAUAAAAGCGAAAAUCCACGGGUGGACUGAUGGAGAAGAG